AGCACGCUGUGCAUGCUGGUCUGGCAGAGUGACCCUGAGCUGCUCCCGGGUCUGUCUUCUCUGCAGUACAUCUACCGGGGGGAGACCGGAGUAGCGCCGCUAUGUGGUACGAAAUCCUGCCUGGGUUUGCUAUUAUGACCGUUUGUCUCAUGAUUCCGGGAAUAUCCACCAUAUACAUUAACCGCUUCACUAACGGAGGCAAGGACAAGAGGAUUGCCCGGUUACCCUACCAGUGGUACCUGUUACAAAGAGACAAGAGAGUUUCAGGGGAGCAGCUCUAUUAUAAAUCAAAAGGCUUGGAAAAUAUCCAUUAAGAUGAAUUGCUGACUGUGAAGAUCUUUCCCGAAUGUUGGAUUUCAAUAAAAUUGAUGCACGAUGUAAAAUAAA